CGAGGCGCCGUCCGCCCAUUUCCGCGGGGACGGCGGCGGGGCACGGGAGCCGGGCAGAGCCAGCCAGCCAGCCAGCCAGCCAGCGGCGGCUGCAACAGCUGCAACAGCUGCAGCAGCGGCGCUUUGCAAGCGGCUGAGCCGAGCCGAGCUGCUGCUGCUCCGGGGCUGCUCCGGGGGCGACGCUGCCCCACCAUGGACGAGGACGGAGGAGGAGGAGGAGGAGGCGGCGGAGGAGGAGGAAGCGUGCCUGAUGAUCUGUCUGCGGAGGAGAGAGAGGAACUUUUAAACAUCCGUCGCAGAAAAAAAGAAUUAAUUGACGAUAUAGAGCGGUUAAAAUUUGAGAUUGCAGAAGUUAUGACUGAGAUUGAUCACCUGACCAGCGUAGAGGAGAGUAAAGCUACCCAAAGGAAUAAGCAAGUUGCAAUGGGAAGGAAAAAAUUUAACAUGGAUCCCAAGAAGGGAAUUCAAUUUCUCAUUGAGAAUGAUCUCCUGCAGAAGAUGCCAGAAGACAUUGCUGAGUUCCUUUAUAAAGGGGAAGGGCUCAAUAAAACUGUUAUCGGCGAUUAUCUCGGGGAAAGGGAUGACUUUAAUAUUAAAGUACUUCAGGCUUUUGUUGAACUCCAUGAGUUUGUGGAUCUCAAUCUCGUCCAAGCAUUACGGCAAUUCCUGUGGAGUUUUAGGCUGCCGGGAGAAGCUCAAAAAAUCGACCGCAUGAUGGAGGCCUUUGCUUCGCGCUAUUGCCUUUGCAACCCUGGGGUCUUCCAGUCUACAGAUACCUGCUAUGUCCUCUCCUUUGCGAUCAUUAUGUUGAACACCAGUCUGCAUAACCACAACGUGAGAGACAAGCCAACAGCAGAGAGGUUCAUAUCUAUGAACCGAGGUAUUAACGAGGGGGGAGACCUCCCGGAAGAAUUGUUACGGAAUUUAUACGAAAGCAUUAAAAACGAGCCCUUCAAAAUUCCAGAAGACGACGGGAACGAUUUAACCCAUACUUUUUUUAAUCCAGAUCGAGAAGGCUGGCUCCUGAAAUUAGGAGGCGGACGCGUGAAAACGUGGAAAAGAAGGUGGUUUAUACUGACUGAUAACUGCCUCUAUUAUUUCGAAUACACAACAGACAAAGAACCCAGAGGAAUCAUCCCACUGGAAAACCUCAGCAUCAAAGAAGUUGAGGAUCCAAGAAAACCAAAUUGCUUUGAGCUGUACAACCCCAGCUACAAAGGACAGGUGAUCAAAGCCUGCAAGACAGAAGCGGACGGCCGGGUGGUUGAAGGCAACCAUGUGGUCUACAGGAUAUCUGCUCCCACAUCUGAAGAAAAAGAAGAAUGGAUUAAAUCCAUCAAGGCAAGCAUCAGCAAGGACCCUUUUUAUGACAUGCUGGCAACUCGGAAAAGGCGGAUAGCUAAUAAGAAGUAACUUCGCGGAAGGACUCUCCCCAUCCCUGUGCCCAGGGCAGAGGAAAUUUGUCUCAUCCCAGCAAGCUUGUGUCUCUGCUGUCCCUUUGGGAGUGUGGUGGAACCACAACUGAGCUGGACGUCUCCCGUUCCUCUUUACUUCUGGGGUGGGGGACGGAUGUUGUUGGGGAUUGUGACUUGUUGAUGUGAUGUCUUUCCUGAUAGAGGGAGCUUGCUUCCUCUGUGUCGUUUAAGAGUCUUGUUCCUAGCUUACGUCCAGACUGUUGUGCAUAACGUUGAACCCCCACUGUUGUGACACCCGGUGUGCGAUCACAUCUCCCUCUCCUCCACAGGAUGGUCCUGCUUGAAAAAGCUCUCCAGGAAAUUGCUUUUCUUCCCCCAACUGGUAUUUCCCCAGUGUGUUUCUCUUGGGUGUUUAGUGCAAUUCUCCAUAUUGUCUUUUCCAAGAGGUUCUCGUUCUGCUUCCAGAAAACGGGAUUGACAAGGUCUGCGGUCCCUGCUUUAAAAAAAAAAAAAUAGAUAUUUGCUGGUGGGAGAGGGAGAAAAUGACACCCCGGGCAUCACACUGUGGCUGUGGAAGUUGUGCCCCUUUUGCACAUGUCAGUAUAGAGAGGGAGAAUGUCUGUUGUGGUGCUGAAGAAAGCGUAGAGGUUCUGAAUCCACCUCUGAGGAGCAUAAAGCCACAAGUGAAAAAUGGUUGAUCUAUUUUGGUCAGACUAUCUGGAAUUCUGAGGGCUUUGAUCUCUAAUAGUUAGAUCUCUCUAGCUAGCCCUCUGUUUGAAAGACAUAAAACUGAGGGAUUCCUUUUUUUUAAUCCAACUGAUUGGAAAUCCUCUGUUGGCCCUAAGAAAAACAUGUAAACUUUCUAGUGAACGAGACAACAAUUGUAUUGCUGGGCAUAUGGAUGGUUUAUAAUGUUUGUAUUUAACAAUAUUUUCUCAGGAGUGCCAUCCCGGCUGACAACAACAGUAAAAAGUCAAAAUAAUUGUGUUGGCGGUCGCCCACCUGAUGGCAUCCAGAACAGGGAUCCAACUUGGGGCAAAACUUUUCCGUGGUCACAAGGCCAGUAACGAAAUUAGAAAAGGCUUAGGUUUAGUUUAGUUUAGUAAUUUAAUUUUAGUUUAGACUAGGAAAGGCCUCUGAAAGUUUUUGGCUCCUCAAGGUACUACCCUUAUGACGAUACCAAAAUCUCCUCUUUCAUCCUUCUUUGUGCUUUGCAACAAGGGUGAGUUCCAAAGAAUUCUAGAAAAGGUGCAGAAAAGAGCAACAAAGAUGUUUAGGGCAGUGUUUCUCAACCUUGACAAUUUUAAGGCAUGUGGACUUCAACUCCCAG